UCGAAGUCGCGUAUACCUAGUUAACGUGACAGCCUGCGGUCAGCCUGCACGGAGAAUAAAACUUGAUGCUCCGAAAUAAACGACGCGAGACAAACCGCUCUAGGAGGACCAGGAGGACUGAUGGACUAAACAAAGAAUACAGAAAGAAAGUCUUAAUAGACAUUUGAAUCGGAUGAAUAAAUAAUGGGCGAACUUAAAUUCGGAUUUGCACAAAGAGGAGUUAGUCCACAAGUUAGUUUUUAAGCUGGAAAAGAAAAGAAGCUGAUUUAAAAGGUAGAGGCAGUCCUCUCUGUGAGCCGUCACAUUUCAGCUCCCAGAGCGAAACAAAUGCGGACAGAAAGAUGCAUCUGGGUAAAGCUCUACUGUUCGUCCUCCUCCUCAACUGCGCGACUCUGAGCUCGCCCCUGUCCACUUGUGCCACCGUGGACAUCGACCAUGUGAAGAGGAAGAGGGUCGAGGCGAUCCGGGGUCAGAUCCUGAGCAAACUUCGGCUGUCGAGCCCCCCGCACUCCCUGGGACCGAACAAGGUACCCUAUCAGAUCCAGGCGUUAUAUAACAGCACGAAGGAGCUUCUGGAGCAACUGGGCAGGGAUCGGAAGCAGUUCUGCGGCCAGGACAACACAGAGACGGAGUACAUCGCCAAAGAGAUAUACAAAAUCAACAUGAUGCACGGAACGCCAGACAACAAUAAUCUCCCGUGCCCUAAAAGCCUGGCUUCUAAAAUUUUCCGCUUCAGUGUCUCUGAAAUGGAAAGGAACUCAACCAACCUGUUCAGAGCAGAGUUUCGAGCCCUGAGGGUACCAAACCACAAAGCCGAGAGGAGUGAACAGCGGAUUGAGCUCUACCAGAUUAUGAAAAUAAACGAGCACAUUAAGAGGCACCGUUUCAUUGCCGCUAAAAAUGUGCAGACCAAAGGCUCUCCUGAGUGGGUCACCUUCGAUGUGACAGAAACUGUACGAGAGUGGCUGAUAAACAAAGGAUCUAAUCUAGGUUUGGAAAUGAGUGUGCAUUGUCCCUGCCGUACCUACAAUUCAAAUGGUGAAAUCAUGGACAAUGGGAAGGAAGUUCUGGAGGUGAAGUUUAGAGGUGUUGAUGGAGACGAGGAGCAGAGUCGCUUGGAUCUGGACAAUCUGAAAAAAAGUAAGCAGCAACACCCUCCUCACCUCAUCCUCAUGAUGAUCCCACCCCACCGCAUGGACACCCACUCUUCUCGCCGACGCAAAAGAGCGCUGGACACAAACUACUGCUUUUCAAACACGGAGGAGAGCUGCUGCGUUCGCCGGCUCCACAUAGAUUUCCGCCGCGAUCUGGACUGGAAGUGGAUCCAUGAGCCCAGCGGCUACGAUGCCAACUACUGCUCCGGGCCCUGCCCUUACCUGAGGAGCUCCGACACAACACACAGCUCGUUGCUGAGCCUAUACAACACUCUGAAUCCAGAGGCCUCCGCCGCCCCCUGCUGUGUUCCUCAGGACCUGGAGCCCCUCACUAUACUCUACUACUCUGGACGGACCCCUAAGGUGGAGCAGCUCUCCAACAUGAUCGUCAAGUCUUGCAAAUGUAGCUGAGAGGAGACGAAAGACUGAUUGAGGGGAAAGGAUUUCACUAGGUACAGAAGAAGAAAACCUCGUAGACUCUGAACUGUGAUGAAUACUUAAACUGACCCCGUGGCUUUUCUCUGUUCUGAACAAAAACUAUUUUUUCUUCGUGUUCCUUGUUAAUUUUACUGUUACAGAGGCACUUCCGAGAGGCAAGUUAUUUUUAAAACCUGACCCGAAUUUAACCCCAGCUGAAUCAAAUUUAUUUUAUGGUCUAUUUUCAACUUCAAAAGUCAGAUAGUCCACAGAGUUACAAUCUCUACAUUGUCAGCAGUGCAGCUUUUUAUUUCUGUCCUAAAUUUUUAAUCUGCUCCCCUCAGUGGUUGGAUUUCUUUCUGGCUGGGAAUUUUGUUUAAAUUUUCCUUAAGUUCCCUUCUCUGUAGACAGUGGGCAUUAUCUUCAAACACAAAAGGAAAAAGGACAGACUCACUGCUGUAUCCAAAGCCAUAGCUGUGGUCUGGGGAAAGGAGAGCUGAGUGAGAAUGCCUAUUGCAUUUGCAAUGGAAAGGCAAUGAACAAAGAAAUUGAGCCAAGGUUUUCUCUUUUGGCCAGCCAGCAGCGGUGGCCCUUUUAUUUUCUGUGCAUCUAUUAGAGCGGAUGGACAGGAAAGAAGAAAAGGGGACCUGAAUUGCAGGGAAGGAUUGUGUUGGAAACUAGCCACGGGUGCGCUGCCAUUCACUGGAUGUUUUCAUUCCUAACAGGUUCAAAUUAUUAUUUUUUUUUCUCCUUGAACAUCAAAGAAUUUACUGGAAGAGAGCAAGUGUUAUGCAACGAGCUUUUAUGAGAUUUCUUUUACAUUAAUAGCAGAUUUUGUCUGUUAUGUAGCUUGUCAUAUAGUGAUUGUUUCACUAACAGAAGGGAACUGACGCGUGUCGUCAUUAUCCACAAUAAAAGCCAUUUUAUUCUGUACUAUACAUAGGAUACUGUUACAUUGUAAUUUAGAAAUAAUGUCCAACUUUUGUAUCUGUAUGUAUUAGACUAGCUUAACCUGAUGUUUGUGCUCCAGUGUGUGUCUGACUGAUGUUUAAAGGUGGGAGUUCACAGAUUUAAAUCCUGGCACUUUCGUUGCGGCAACACAACAAAGUGUAAGUAUGCAGCUCAGAAAGUGCGAGGUGUAAAAAUAAAAACAGAGGCCACAAAAAUUUGUCCUCAGUUUAACUUUUUCUCCGGGAUAGUUCACAAUGUUAUUGGCAUUCAUAUGAGGCAGAUGUCGUGUUCAGCUUUCAAAAAUAGGAAAUCAGAAGCAAAAUAAAACAGAAGCAAAACCAGGGCUUAAAACAUUUCUCCAAACCACAACAACCAAGUACAAUACUUAAUACAGGUAAUUCAGAAGGAUGAACACAUCUAGAGAUGCCCCAAUCAGAGUUUCUGGGACAAGUUUCUGAGAUCUCAAAACUAGGACUGAGCGACUUUAAAAUAUCUCUGAAAGAAUUGAAAAUGUUUCUGUUCCUGCAAUAAAAUGUUUACGGUAAAAUAAAAAAGAGCUGUCUCUCCCUGUAUUUCCGAAACUCUACUAAUACUGUCGACCCUUCCCAUUUGUAAAGGAGGUGUCUAUCAAAAGCAUGAAAUCAUGUUAGUAAUUACCACAGUUAACAUUGGUAGCUGUAUUUAUUGUAACUAUUUCCUAUAGGGAUACAAAAACGUUGACUUUAACUCUAGAUUCUCAAAAGAUUGCAGCCUACAAUAGAUGGUGUACAGAAAAAAAUAUAUAUUUUUAAUAAUAUCCAGAUGCUUUGUGCUACAUCCGAUGACCAAACUCCAGUUUAUUUAUAAAGCACAUUUAAAAAAGAACAGACAGUUUGCACAAAGUGCUACACAUACAAAAGUAAGGUAGAUAAAACAUCAUUUUGGAACACCUCAAUGUAACUGAAAUGAACUUGUCAUUAUUAUUGCGACUUGUUAAUGUUUAGGUAUGGUGCAUUCACUGACAAGAAAACACAUUUUAAUUUCCAAACGUUUUUCUGGUUACUUUGUAGAUGGUCUAGGCAAUUGUUAAACAGUUAAAAAAAAAUUUAAACAUUGUUUACUUUUCUCACUUUAUAGGAAGGUCAAAUUUACAACAAUGGUUCAACAGUUUAAGUUCAAUAACCUUUCCAACUGUGUGUCCUUUAACUAGAUUUCCGUUCACAAACAAAAGAAGCACAGUUCACAUCAACAUGUGCCAUUCAAAUGGUUAUAAAAGCUAAUUUCUAUUUUUAUUUUUGCAGCUGGUGCUUGCUGAGCUAGCAUGCGAUUUGAAACCUUGCUGCUUUCAGUUUGCUUUUUUUCUUGUUCUUUUCUACUGAUUUAUCAAAAAAAAAAAACAAAAAAAAAAACCUCACCUGUCACAUUUCACACCAGUCUCGGGACAAUGAGGACUGUUAUGAAAACAUUGCUAUUUCUGUUUGCCUUAGAGCAGUGUGAAGCCUUGGUGGAAGAACAUGGCACAGAAAGGGAAAAAGUCUUAAUCUGAUUUCAGCAAUACAUAAAGUUACACCUCAUUUUCCUCUCAGAGUCAGGCAAACAUGUUUGAAUCCGUGUCCUGUGUGACGCUUUUCCCGUCAGCGUCAUCUGUCCUUUAUGAUGUUUCUCAACGGUAAUACUGUUUGAUGAAGUCUCUUAUUAAAAAUACAACAUGCUAAACCAUGCAAGCCCUUUUAAAGCUGCGACAUUAAACUGUUCACUAAGCGCUUUGCCUUUUCUGCAGCAAACCUGUGAAAACACUUAACUCCAGAUGAGUAAAAGAUGAAUUUAUCCGCUGGUUCAGUCUGCCACAUUGAAAUGCCAUUUAAAAUGCCGUUUUCUCAAAAUUAAGAAAAACAUGAAUUUAGCUUGAAUCUCACCAGCCUCACCUGUUUCCUGCGAGCACAUGCUCAGUUUUUUUUUCUGCUUCAUGCUGGAGUAAUAAAUUCAAGAGCCCUUUUUCAGAGAUUUAUGCCUAACGGCUUUCCCAGGUGACACACUAUUACUCUUAUUUCCAGGGCAUAUUAACACGCAGACAUGUCAUUAUUUUCUUAUUUUUCUCUAUAAUAGUCGUAUAAAUCACACAGAAACCUGUACUUCCCAAUUAAUAUUACAUAUUAAUGCAAAGCUAUCAAUUUGGGUUUUCCAAGCCUGUCCUUGACCAAAGCAAUUUGUUUCUAAUGCACAAAGUCCUAAACUAUAUGAUUUAGAUUUUGUUUGUUAAAUAAAUAUGCUUGAUUUUUAAAAAGUACUUGCAAUGCAUCUAAAAACUGAUAAGUAUGAAAACUGAUGUCCUAAACAUGUUUUAUAAAUAACUUUGAAUAUGUAGAGAAAUGUAUUCAAUAACAGCAUUAUUAUUUACCACUUAAAUUGAUUUAUUUUGCCUUGCUAGACAUUUUUAUACGUUAUAAAAAAGUAAAAUUGGAAUUUAGAAGUUUUGACCAAACACUCACUAAGAAGUGAUAUAAAAAGUCAACACACUACUGUUAACUUGGCAAAUUUCUCUGAAGCUUGCAGGUUUGUGUCAACAUUGACUGGUAUCUUGAGCUGUUUGUGAUUUUCUUUACCUUAACGUUUUUCUUCGACUUCAAGAAAAAGAGUCUCAACACCUGACAGUUACUGUCAUGCAUUGCUCUCUUUCCAUUCAGUGUCGUUUUUGAACAUACAUACCUUUAUGGCUGUAAGUCAAGUUUGGUUUCAUCAGAAAAUAAGAUAUUUCACCACAUUCAUUUGGAAAAAUUCUAAUUAGUUUUUCUCUUCUUUUUUUUUUCAAAAUAUAGCCAGACUUGAUUAAAUUCUUAGCCUUCUUGAGCAGUUUUCUUCUCCUUUUAUCAAUCUUGAAGGGACACCCAGUUCUCAGUAAUUUCGCUGUGUUCUCCACUGGAUUAUUACUGUUUUUAUAUAUUCCAUGGAAUAUCUGAAGCACUGGAAAAUCUUGUGGAGACUGAUAUCUGUAGAAAAUCUGUAGAAAAUGAA